CUCGGUCGUGCCGUGCGGGGUCCUGAUCCCCAUCGGACACCGUCGUCAUCGGCCGGCUCCCAGUCCCACCUCCGUCUCCAUGCGAUCUCCUCGGCCGGCGCGGCUCGCUGCCGUCGCGCUUCUCCUCGCGGCGCUCGCCGCGGCCGUGGGCGCCCCCGCCGCGGCCGCGGCCAGCAGAGACGGGUACGGGCGCACGAGGAGGCUGCGCAUGAGGGGCAAGGUCGUCGAGAUGUUUUAUCAUGCUUAUGACAACUACAUGGCGUAUGCAUUUCCUCAUGAUGAAUUGAAGCCUCUUACUAAAGGCUUCACUGACUCCCUCAGUGAGCUUGGCAACUUAAAUCUUGAGCACUUGCCACAGGAUUAUAAUGGAUCAGCAUUGACACUAGUUGAGUCAUUAUCAAGUCUUGUUGUCUUAGGUAACCUAACAGAAUUUGACAGAGGAGUUAGUUGGCUUUCAGAGAACCUAACUUUUGACGUUGAUGCUCGAGUUAAUCUUUUUGAGUGUAACAUAAGACUUCUUGGGGGGCUUAUUUCUGCUCAUAUUCUUGCAAAGGACUAUAGCAGUCAGAAUAAAGAUGGAGUAUAUCAGAACCAACUGCUACAUCUUGCUGAAAAUUUAGGCAGCCGGUUUCUGCCAGCAUUCGAGACCCCUACUGGAUUGCCGUAUGCAUGGAUCAAUCUUAAGUAUGGAGUGAUGGAGAAUGAGACAACUGAAACGAGCACAUCAGGAUGUGGCUCCCUUAUCCUGGAAAUGGGUGCAUUGUCACGUUUGACCGGUGAUCCUAGAUAUGAAGCUGCAGCUCUUCGUGCUCUUCGCAAGUUAUGGAGCAUGAGAAGCUCACUGAAUCUUGUAGGCUCAACACUAGAUGUUUUGUCUGGCAACUGGAUUGAAUAUUCGUCAGGCAUUGGUGCUGGAGUUGAUUCAUUUUACGAGUAUUUGAUUAAGGCAUAUGUCCUUUUUGGAAGUGAUGAGUACUGGGAUAUGUUUCACUCUGCUUACCUAGCAGUGCAGAAGUAUUUCCGACAUGGGCCAUGGUACCAUGAGGCCGAUAUCAGGACUGGAGAAGCAACACACUGGCAACUAACUAGCCUCCAGGCCUUCUGGCCUGGUGUUCAGACACUACUAGGAGAUGUUGCUGCUGCAAAUCUGUCACAUCGUGAAUUUUACAAUGUAUGGCAAAGGUUUGGCGUCCUUCCUGAAAGAUAUCUGUUAGACUACGGAAUUUUGCAUCCUACAGAGAAGUACUAUCCUUUACGUCCAGAGUUUGCUGAGUCUACAUUUUAUCUUUAUCAAGCAACUAAAGAUCCUUGGUACCUAGAAGUGGGUGAAGCUAUAAUUGGAUCACUUAAUUACUACACCAAAGUGGAAGGAGGUUUUGCUAGUAUCAGAGAUGUUUCAACAAUGAACCUUGAAGAUCAUCAACACAGCUUCUUUCUUUCAGAAACGUGCAAAUAUCUUUUUCUCCUUUACGACGAUUCAUUCUUGAGGAACAAAAAUUACAUAUUUACAACAGAGGGCCACCCCCUUCCAGUAAUGAGCACGUGGCACGAGAAAAUUCCUCGACUGGAUGUUCCCACCAAUUGGACAGUUGUUAAGGACGGCAACCAACCGAUUCGUGCGAGCGCAUUGUCAUCCAAAGUCUGUCCAGAGACAAUUUUCCGGCAGAACGUUGGCUCCCCGUGGGAGAGUGCGUGCCACAUACCAGAUGUGUUCCCUAGCCACAGAUGCAGAGCCGACGAUGACUGUGGGAUAGAGUCAGUAACAUGCAAGAGGAGAACAUGCAGUAUGGCUGGAUACUGCGGCUUGUGGCUGGCGGUUUACUAGCCAAUGUUGUUGGAGAGGAUUAUACUUUCGCCAUUCGUUCACAGAAUGAUCAAAAUAAGGUAAACACCACCUUGAAAAUAGAAUGUUACCCACCCGCUUCAGCCUGACUUUGUACAUUAGAAUAGCAUCGAUAGCAGAUUCGUGACGUCUGAAUCAGCCAAAUUAACCUGUAUGUCAAAUGCUGGUUUGAAGUUUCAUGCUGAUGUGAUGUAUCUGCGGUCCGAUAUAUGGGUGUAUUUUAUUGUGCGAUAUAUGUAAUUACUGUCUGAUCUGAUUAUUUUAGCACAUGUGGGCAUGCAAAAAAAGAACAUACUAGAGACAUUGUACAUUCUGGUUAAUUUGUUCGGACAUAAUAAUUAAGUUCAGUCUUUUGUU